AUGGCUUCUACGAGCCGUUCUCCAUACUUCCGACUUCUCACCUCCAACGUCUUCAUCUUUGGUCUCUUUCUCUUCUCCAUCAUCACUAUCGCCUUCGCGGAUGAUGAUGCCACUUCAACCCCCGCUCAACAGAGCGCUCCCUUUGUGGACCAAGCUACGGGUCUGAACAUGGAGCGUUUCUUCGGUGCCAGAACCUCGUUCGCAUUCGGCAUGACACUCCCUGAUCAAGCCAGUGCCGGGGCAGCCGGGUCUUUCAUCGGCCAACUUUCCUUUCCGCUCGUCAACGGCGCAGGAUGGGGCGCCAUGGGCCUGACAGGUGAUAUGGAAGGCAACUUCAUCCUCGCAGUAUGGCCCGAUGGCGCGGGUGGCGUGAUGGCAUCGUUCAGACAGGCUACAAACGAAGAUAACCCGCCUGAGGUGAAGGGCAACUUCGCAGUCCGACCCAUUGCCGAAGGGGUCUCCGUCAACGCCACUUCUCUCAUGUACACCUUUCUCUGCGAAAACUGCCUCGACGCGACGCUUGGUUUGGGUCCUGAGGCUACGAAUGCCAAUGCGGUUAUGGGAUGGGCUUUGUCAGAGAAGGCUGUUAGGAAUCCAGGGAACCCUGGGGCGAAUCUCGGGUUUCAUGAACGAGGAUUCGGUCCGUUCACUGCGCGGCUGGGGAACGCCAAGUCUGCGCAGUUUGCGGCGGUUGCGGCUACUGCUGGGCAGCCGGUGGCCGGGUCGAGUCGGGCGGUCGCUGCAACACCGAAUGCGUUCAGAGAUGGAGGUGACGACGAUGAUGACAAGAAGAAGGGUGGGCAAAGCGGAGGAGGAAAGAAGGAUGAUGAUGAUGAUGACGACGACUAG